AUGUCUUUCUCGUCAGGCUCAUCUUUUCAUGAGGUCAUCCUUCAACAACUUGGAGGCACCUUUGACCACGGGAGGCCUGCCAAGCUUCGCCAACUCUGCUCAGCCACCUCACCUCACAAUAACAAUACGGUCGCUGUGAGUAAUGUUUUGGCGGCCAUCCUUUCCUCCUGGGGUCCCAACAUUCUCAGCGGCAGUCUUCAUGGUCAUAUCCGCACUCAACCCAACAAUGCUUCUGCAUUUACUCUAGCUGUCAACGUGAUUAAAGCCCAAUUCCUCCAAUAUAGACGUCGAAUUCAUGCUCUGGAAGCUGAAGUUGAAGAUCUUAGGCAUGACAACGUAAUGUACCACUCGGACGUAGGCGCUCUCGAGUCAGAGCUCUCUAAUAUGCGAGUCAACUAUUACACCGAAGUCUCACAGCGUCAUCAAUACGAGGAACUUGCUAAGAAGGACGAUGAGUUGGUGAAGAACCUUCAAAUGGAAAUCGCCUUACUUAAAAGGAAAAUUGCGCUGGCCGAGCAAGAAAAAGACGAAAACAAUUUUCUCAAGGCAGAGAACGGUAUCCUCCAGGCAGAGCUUGAGGCAGUGCGGUCGACACAUUCUCGUGCGGAUUUGUUGAAGUGCGAGGAGUUGAGGGCUCUGAAAGCUGUUCUCGAAGAGGAGCGUUCCCAGGCGGAACUCGACGAGCACGAAAUAAAGUUACUCAAGACUGAAGUUGAUGUUCUCAGAGAGAACCAUCGUCGAGCAGAGCUCGAUAAAUGUCAAAUCAAAUUAUUGAAGGCUGAGAUAUCCUCCCUGAAAGAAGAGCAUACGCAGGCGGAGCACUUCAUCCGAGCCAUGGUCGACAUUAAGGCUUGUGGUUCUGUGCUAUCUGGUGCUGCCCAGGCAGUAUUAGCGGGAGGAGAUGCUGAGGACGUGCUUGUUGAGGCAGUCAAAUUAGCAUCAAGCCGCAAAGGAUCUCCAUGGUCUCGCAUUAUCCCCGCUGUCGUCGGCCCUCGUGCUCCCGAACACUAUCUCUCUGCUAUUGAAAUUGCCCUCAAAGCCAGGAAAGAAUUGCAGGAACGCCGAAAGGCUGCAAAAUUCUGGAAACUCGCUGCUUUGGCAUCAACUGCCAACACCGGUAUUAUUACACCCUCUUCCUCACAAAUCUCUGAUAUCUGCGACGACAUGGUCAAAGGACAGCGUUAUCCCGAAGUCAAUGAACCACUUCCUGCCGAGCCGCCUGUCUCUUAUACUGCUAAAACCGAUGAAAAUCUUCCGCCUACCAAGGUGAAUGCUGAGGCUUUGACAAUCGGAUCGACACCCGAUUCGAUAUAUGAGUCGGCAGAACCUCCUGUUGGCUCGUUUGCAAGUUUUCAAUCCGAAUCAACACAAACCAUCAAGGUUUCAACCCCUGCUUUGCAACGGAAUGGUUCCGUUGACGAACAUACCGAAAAUCAGUCAUUCGCCUUCGCAGAAAGGACACCUUCAGAGUCAAUAAACCCCGUGCUUUUGGGUAUCCAAACUACUCAGGCCAUCAUUGAAGACAUCAGGGAAUCUUUCACUGUCGUGGAACAAAGCACCAAACUGGCAGAAAAUGAAAAUGCGCAUGUUGAGAGCACAACCCAAUCAAAGGCAGUUUUUCUACCCCAAAGUAAGGUGACUUCUGAAAGUGCUCUUCAGGACGAAAGUGUUCUUCAGGACGAAAAUGUUCUUCAGGACGAAAGUGUUCUUCAGGACGAAAGUGUUCUUCAGGACGAAAGUGUUCAGGACGAAAGCGUUCUACAGCCAGAAGAAAUUCUUCGGCAUACACUCUCUCAUUCUAACAACAGUGAUCCACCCUCGAGCAUCACAGAGAGUGAAGGUGCUGUAGCGCCGGAUAUCAUUGAAGCCGACAGAGAAACUCAAUCCUCUUCGCCAUCAUUCAAUUCAGAGCGAUCUACGACGCCGAUUCGUAGCAUUACAGCUCCCCACAGUCGUACACCGUCCAAAAUUUCCCGACCUACAUCCGCCAAGAGCAAGCCUGCUACACCUGUUAUGGAUAGGACUCGUCCUCGACUAAUUAGUCCUUUGAAAUCCCCAUCUCCCAAUACGUUUUUGAAAAGUUCACGAGUCGCAGAGUUCCUUCAGACUUCCCGUAAAAACUCAGAACUUUUCGUCAAACCCCUCAAAACCGUGGGCCGCCCAACUUCUCCCAUUAGGUCAAGGUUGUCUACGUCUCGAACUAAUGUUCUCCAGCGCCCCGCUCUCCAGACUUUCAACCUCAAUGUGCCUGCUUCAGCUACCAAAGAACAAAAGGCGAAAGAGGCGGACAAAAAGACAAGGUCCUCUGUCAAGUUGGAAUCUGUGGGUAAUCAGGCUUUACCUAAACCAAUCAACAAGGACAUCCGGAAACGUCGCGGUGUCAUCAUGAUAGAAAGGGUAGACAUCAAUGGGUCUUCGAAUAUAGAUAAAGUUACUAAUACUCACGAAAUUCAAGACAAAGUUCAAGACAUGCCUCGCUUCCCUUCCUCUGUCUCGACGGAUGUUUUCAGCGACCAAAGUAAUACGAAAGUAAAGGAGGGAGACGUCAAGAUCAACAUGGAGUCAAAGUCCAAAGAUGCUAUUAAACUAACUUCUGGAAACGAAUCGCAAUUCUUAUCACCUGGCCCGUUUCCAGAAGCGAAACUUGCCGACCAAGAGCGGAAACCACUAGAAAUUGCUGUUUCACCAACUGCCAAAAUAGGCUCGCGUCUUGUUGAACAGUUCAGUGAUGGUGAUCUCGCCUCGUUGGAGACGAAUUUAGUCGAUGAAGAUUCUGAUUCCGAUUGUGAGGACAUUCGAAGAAUUCAAGUUGAAAUCGACGACCGCCCGAUUGAUUUGACCGUUCUGCCGCACAUUAAACGAGCUCUAUCAGAAGAAAAUCAUCAAAAACUGAACCAGCGGACAGACAUUAAAGAUGGACAUGACGAGCCCUCCCACAAGAAAGGCCAGACCCACGACGUCGAACUUGGUUCGACGUCUGCACCACAUCUACCUGAUUUAAUUACUCCUAGGACCUCGAGACCAGCUACACCAUUUUCAAAAUCACCUUCACGGUCAUUGGACAUAAACGACGGCGAAAGGUUGUCCCCUUCUACGUCAGGUUCAUCAUAUACAACCUCUUCGUCGGGCUCAGUCAGUAUCCCAACAAAAAAGGCUUCCAGACUUCCUUUACGAGGUCUUGCUCAACAUCUCCGCUCUGGUAGCAGCUCAGUCAAACCUGCAAAUAUAACUGCAGCACUGUCGUCUUUACCACUGGCAAUCACACGUACACAAUUACCUUCACUUGGGGUCUCUUCAACGGUGGAAGGUGACAAACCUCUUGCUUAUGGUACCAAAAAGCCCACGAGUAAGCCAUUAGUUGGCAGCUUGGAUACACGGACCCAGGGUUCUAUCAACCCUGAUACGACUGCAAUCCCACAUACCCCGCCCAAAAAGGGUGUGCCUUUAUCGGGGUAUAAACAAGCCUCUUCAAUAUCCAGUGGUACAAUUUACCAACGCACACCUGCUGUCGCCGAGAAGAACUCUUCUAAAUCUUCCAUGGGACAAAGUUUCAUACGUCGCCUUUCGAAUUCACCUCUUUCUAAACCCAAACCUAACUCUACUACACCAUCGGUCAGAUGUGAUAUUACCCACCUUGCCCCUCCUUCUAGCCCACCAUCUCCAGGUUCACUUACUAAGCCCCGCUCACAUACUAUCAACACGGUUUCCCCUCUACCUCCAACUUUAUCUACUCCCAGUCCAGAAGCCUUGAGAGCUAAAUCAACUAAGCCCAGAUCGCACACUGUCAAUUCCUAUUCCCCAACCACUCGCUCUCCUUUAUCUCGGCUUGCUGCAGAUGCUUCUGCCGAGUACAACGCCAAUUUCACGCCGACUAAGGACACCCGUUCAAACCAACACUCUCCUCCAGUGAAAUCACUUGCACCCAAAUCUUCAUUAUCUCCUAGAACAGGUGUAGCAACCAGCAACUCUCCUGCUUCUCCUUCUCCUCUUCGUGUUCGUGACAAGUCGUCUUUAAUCAAACGUCAGGGUUCUCAGUCGUCGUCUGAAGAGGUCAACCCUGCUCCACCUACUGCUGCUUUCAUGCGCCCCGCCGUGAGCCCAGCAUCGAAUACGAAAAGGAUGACAAAUUCCAUUGCACCAUUGAUUCCUAACUGGUCGCCGGCUACUGCAAACGGUGGGGGCCUUACCCCCAAGCAAUGCAGGAGUAUGUUCAGGAACAGUUUGAGCAUGGUCGUCCGGUAG